AUGGGAAAACCAAGAAAGGUGACAGCCGCUCACAGGAAAUCUCAACGGUUGCUGACUGAAAAAAAUCGGGAACAACGGAAAAAGAAAGAUGUGCAGUUGGAGCAGUUGAAAAUUCAACAGGCAGAGUGGUCCGAGAAAGAGAGAACUCUGCUUCGGAAGUUGGAACAUCUGAAGAACGAGGUCGAAGAAGGCGAAAAACUUUCCAACUUUCUGAGGCAGCAGAAUGUUAUUCUCCGCGAAGAAGAGAAAGAAAUAGAGGAAAUAUAUCGUCAGGCUCGGGCAGAUGCUCAGCGUUAUCAGAGGGAAAUGGAAAAUCUUCGAAGCUCAUAUAGCGAACACUUCUCGACCGCCGUCUUACUUGUAUCACAGAACCAGGCAAAGCAGCACGAAGAAACAAUCUCUCCGCUCAUAAAGCAACUGCCGAAGCUGACAGCUUCGAAAUUCCGGAAGUCAUAUGGUGAUCUUCAGAAACAGCAUACGAAAGACGAGCGAUUCAAAGCACUUCUGGAGGAUAUCGAGACGUUUACCGGCACAGCUCACCUUGAUGCAUUUGUCACCGAUUUCAUCCACUAUGUAUCAGCCAACAAAAACCUGUCCUUCCGACUGACUUUGACCGACUGGGACUCAUUCGUGCUGGCUGUUCAUCUGAGGAUGUCUGAUGGUUUUAUGAAGUCGUUAAAGUCGUUUCUUGAGAGCCGACUUUCCUUCGACGUAAUCGGCUCACGGUACGCUAUUCAAGAGACCAGAAAAAAGUUUGCACCAGGAGCCAACUACAAAAUUGAAAUCGAAACUUGUGAGAAACUGACGAAAACCGGCACUCGUAUCGUUGUUCACUCGGCGGUGGUCGGAAUCACUCGAUUGGAGGAAGUGCUCAGUCAUCGGAUUCAGCAACUGCACAAAUCAGGACUUCUCCGCUUCGACGCUGUCACGAAGGACGACAUCCUAGUUGGAGUUGCCGGCGACAAAGGAGGCGAUCAGACCAAGCUCGCCAUGAUCAUCGCCAACGCUCAAACUCCGAACGAUCCGAAAGGAUGCCUGCUGCUCGGUUACUACAGUGGAAACGAUGACUACUUCACGCUGAAGGCUAAAAUAGGUUAUGUGUUCCAGCAGGUGUGUGUCUGCCAAUUUGGGCACUCUUAGAACUUAUCUUUUAAGGUGAACGAACUGAACAACCUUACUUACGAAGAAAACGGAACUCCCGUCAGCAGAAAAGUCCGACGAAUUCCGCUGGGCGACUGCAAGUAUCUUUCGUCCCUUUACAACCACCCAGGUCAAGCGUCCAGAUGCCCGUGCUUCUUGUGUAAAAAAUCAUGGACAACACACGGCUCGAACGCAGCUCUUGUUGCAACAUUCAAGUUCGAAGAGUGUGGAGAAGCAAGAACUCUGGAUGAGGUACACGACGAAGCGCUGAUGAAGGUUGAUCCGGCUACGUUGGCACCUCCGACGUUCCACUCAAUUGCGGGUGUCACGAAAACAUACGUGCUUGAUCCCCUCAUUGCGCUCUGCAAUCAGCUUGAUUCAAAGGGUCAGACGUUGCCGAGGAGCCUGAAAGAACAAAGGAAAGUAUUGAAGAAUAGAAAAGAGGAGGUCAGCAAGUACACUGCUCGCGUUGAUAGUGUUCAGCAAUCGAAGCUGUUGGCCGAGAAAGCAGCAGAAAUUCUCGAAAAGGCUACAACCACAAGAAGAGGACGUCCGAGUCGAGCGGAAUCUUGCGGAUCAUCAUUUUGCCUUGUAUCGAAAAGCAGAAAGAAUACGUUCCAUCCUCUUCAUUCAUUCACGUGCGCCGAUUGUGUGAGGAAAGUUCAUUCGGUUUGCGCUUUCCGAUUCACGGAUGAAGACGAAUUCGAACUUCCCAAUACGACUGCAAAAUGCCUCGACUGCAGCGUUGGAGCCAAUAUGUCACACGACACCCGGAGAACACUUCUCGGACGACUCACUUCCAAAAUCGAUGCAGAGUUGCAAGAGGAUACUGUCAUUCUUCAGGAAGCCGCCGAAUUAAUGGAAGAGCUCGAGAACAACCUGCAAAAAUCAUCGGGACCUACUCGGAGACGAUUCGAAGAAGCUCUGCGUUCUUUCGGUGUCGACCAAAGAGCGUGGCUCCAGGAGUUCAACGGAAACAGCAUUCGGAACAUUCUCCGCUCAGAGAAUAUUCAGAAACUGCUCGCAGUUUUCCCCCCGAAUCCAUUCAUCACAAAGAUUGGACGCGUCAUGGAGAAUUUGGGCCAUCUCAUGUCCAGUGCGGACACAUCGGCGAAAACGGACUCCGAAAUCGAUGAAAUCGAGAGUCACGUCAAUUCUCUCGUUCGGAAUCUUCGCAGUACGAUGCCGCAGGCCGUGGUCACUCCAAAACUGCACUUGAUUUGUUCGCAUUUGAUCCCAUUCCUCCGAGCGAACAGAUCAUGGGGACGGUUGACCGAGCAGUCGAUUGAGUCACUGCACGCACUGUUCAACUCGCUGAACACUCGAUUUGCUUCCGUCCGCAACGAGAACCUUCAUGCGCAGCUGAUGGUCCAGCAGAUGACUUGUUUCAACGUGAUCUACGAUUCUAAUGUUUCAUUCAACUGAUCUCUUCUUUGUCACAUUCGUAUUUGUUUUCGUAAAAAUGAUUUAUUUUUGAAAAAUCGGUGUUAUCUGUAAACGAAAAAUUACCGUCCAUUACGGGUUUUCAUACCGGAGCGAAUGGCUUAUUUAUGUUGUACAACUGGAGUAUUUUUCUUGUUGCACGUUCUCGAAGUGCAGAGCUCAAUUGGAGUCUUCCUGAAACGUAUUGCGGCGAGAACACAUAAAGCUACAACCCUGACUGACCGCGUUUCGUGUUUUCCGCUGGGAAGUUCCUUGCAGUCCAUGAAUGUACCGAUUUCGCCAAGUUCGCAUCGUCUGAAACGUUUUUUGAGCGUUCUAGAGCCUUUUUGCAAGAGAAAAUGAACUGAAAACAAAACAGAUUAUUUAUUCUCAGAAAAAUCGAGUUUUACAAUAAGAAAAACGAAAAUGCGGCGAGAAAAAUCACGGAUCGCAUAUUGCGCCAGCAAAGGCGAAAAACGCGCCAACCAUUCAAAAAGCGCGUCACCAGUCCCGCGACUCCGCCCAUAUUGUCAGUUCUGGAGACCGUGACAGCUGAGAUAAAAAGAGAAUCAAUAUGCAGAGACCUAGGAUUUCUGAUCUCUUCAAAUCUAGAUUUCGCGGACCACUGGAAGAAGACCAUUCAAAAAGCAAACAUAAUGACAGCGAACCUUUUCAAGUUUUUUUACUCCCCAAACACACGCCUGAUGACCCUUUUAUUCAAAACAUUCGUACGGCCCAUACUUGAAUACGGCACUAUUGUCACAUGUCCUUCUAAAAAAGCUACGAUAAGAGCAAUAGAACAGGUUCAGAGUAACUUCUCUCGUAAGCUUUGGUUACGGAAAAUAGGAGCUUUCGUACCUCGAGAUUCGCCAAACUACAUAAACGCCAGCGAACGUCGCCGUCAAUUUAACCUCGAAUCACUAGAGACUCGCCGAUCACAUUUAGAUAAGAAGUUUUUAAUCAAAUUGUUAGCUAACAAAGUCGACAUCAAUCCUGAUGACUUUUUCCUACGCUUAAACACUACACGGACUAGACGGAGUCACGUUUACCGAUGGAAGACUCCAAAAUCGAAGCUAAGACACAACUUUUUUACACACCGAGUCUUAUCAAAGAUGAAUCUGGCACAGGCAUCUGUUAAAUGAUCAUCUCUUUCCUUUUACGCGGGCAAGUAGCUGAAGAUUCCCCAUUUAUUCCCCCCAUUUAUUCCCCCCAACUCCCCCACAUCUCCUCCCCCUCUUUUUUUCUCCUUCUCCACGUUAAUAAACGUAAAUAAAUAAAUAAAUAAAAAAAUAUUGCCAUUUUUCAGGUGCAAUCGGGCGGAGAACGCAGUGUCGCCACUAUGCUCUACCUGCUCGCCCUCCAACAACUGUGCCCGGUGCCUUUCCGAUGCAUCGACGAGAUCAAUCAGGGAAUGGAUCCGACGAACGAGCGAAAAGUGUUCGAUAUUAUGGUCGGACUGUGGAAUGGCAGUCAGGGAGCACUCACGAAGACCCAGUACUUCUUGUGAGAUCUCUUUUUUUAGGUUAUCGAUGAAUUCUGCGUGUUUAGGCUGUCUCCGAAGCUUCUUCACGGUCUGGAUAUGCGCGAGAACGUGAAUGUGGUCAUGGUGAACAGUACGCUCACGACUUCUCACGGAGAAGUACGCAAAAUGCUAUUUUUCUAGCACUUUUUUCUCAAAGUCACUUUUUACAGAUCUACGACACCGAAUCGAAGCUCGCGGCGUCGCUGUCCCGUCUUCAAACCCGCGCCUAA